AUGUGUACUUACUCCAGUUGUUUGUGUAAGUUGGCUGUAAUGCUAAUGGAGCCUGCUGUGCUGGUGUCGGGCAUGAAUUUUUUACUGAUGGUGGCGGUGGCGGUGGCGGUGUCGGAGGCGGAGGCGGAGGCGGUGGUGGUGGUGGUGGAGGUGGUGGUGGUGCUUUAUGCUGUCUUGGGGAUGGCUGCGAUGGCGAUUGGUAGUUUGAAUCUUGAGCCAUUGGUGGUUGUGACACAGUUGAUGGCACAGGUGGUUGCCCUUGUAGAUGAAGAAUCGGCGGCCGUAGUAGAGGCCGUUUCGGCCUUGGGACUCCUUCCGGUCCUGGUGGCAUUGGAGGGGCCAUCCCGGUUUGGCCUGAUCUGGCCCUGAUCAAGUCAUAGCUGUGCGUCUAUCAGUCUCGAACUACGUCUGAAGGAGCAUAACGGCUACAAUUAAUAACCGAUUUUAAUGUUC